AAAUUAGCUUUAAAAAAAGCAAGGAGUGCCGUUGAAGUGAAAAUGGAAUGGAAUGUCCUGUUAUACAUUCAUCCAUAAAAUUUAGAUUCGCAGCAGAUUCGUGUUAUCGCAGCAUUUAUCGCUACAGCCUGUUAAUUGCAUUUAAAUCUCGGCUCCAUAAUCUCACCCACACAUACAUGCGUAGUGCAUGUACGUAUAUGGAAUUGGACGGUAGUGUGAGAUGCCAAGCGGAACUAGAAAGCGGCCGGAUACGCUGGAAUUAGAAGUGCUAGGCGCGCGCCAAGUAGAGUCUUCCGAAGAUGAGGAGUGUGGGAUUACCACGCGUGUGCUGCCAAAAUCGCAUCAGAAGCACUACCAGCUGCAACCGGAACAGAGGAAGCAGGCGCCAAAGCCACAAUCCUCCAAAGCAGCCAAAUCACAAUGCAUAUCCGAUGGCAACGAGAAAUCGUCCCCUCCGCUACAAGAACAGCACCAUAUACAACCGAUAUCAACUCAUAAGACGCGCCAUGGUUGGUUUCAUCUACGUCGCAAACAUUUAGCUGCGCCUGCCGAAAAUGUUGUACUCUCUCAGUCACCUGUACGAAAAAUUAGUGCCAAAGGCAUCGGUACUGUGAAUACUGCCACCGCAACGCUAGGCAAGCCCGAGACAUUAGCCCAUGCCAACGCGACCACCACCAGCACUACAACGUUGCCUACAAGUCUGACGAUACCAAAUGUUGCAGCCGUACUCCCGCGCAGUGACUCCAAGAAAAGGCGGAGCCGCACACAAACCGACAGUCUUUAUAGUCUAGCGACGCUUGCACAAACAGGCGAAAUCCAAGCACAACCACACUCCGAACCGCAAGUGCCCAGAGCAAUUGGCAAAAGUGAGAGCGAUCAUCUACCAUGGUCAUGUUGCACAGAGCAAUCAAAUGUAGCACACAAAGAAGCAGAAUCGAAAAUUUAUUUGAACGAUAAAACGAUCAGCCCGCAGACGACGCAUGCAUUUCGCGAGCGCAGCGCGCCCGAACAUAUGUUGCUUACUCCUGAGUUGGCUUCAGCAGAGGACGUGGCCGAUGGUGCCUUGCCGCCACCUGUGCAUGGUUUUCAGGCCAGGUUAAAGUCUGUUUUUGGAAAUUUGUCUAGUUGGAAAAGCAAUGAGUGCGUACGUCGACGAUCUCGUUCAACACACAGUACAAUCAACGCGAAGACGACAGGAGAGGGAGCAUUGGGGGGUAACGGUGGUGCGGAAGGCAUUAGUGGGCUUAAAGGCCUAAGCGUUAGUGCCGACUUUGAACAGUUUUCGACGACGGCGGUAAACGGGGCUGGUAGUGGAAAUAGUGUAUUCGCUAGCGCUAAGGAUAUGGGAGUACGAAGACUGUCACAAAUGCGACGGCGACGCAGCUCGUAUUACUUUUCUGAGAAUGAACGAAGAAUUCGAGCCAACGACCGAGAAUUUAAUGCGCAAUUCAAAUACGCCGAUAACUUCAUUAAAACGUCCAAAUACACAUUGCUGACAUUUUUGCCAUUCAAUCUGCUCGAGCAAUUUCAACGUCUUGCCAAUUUUUAUUUCCUGUGCUUGUUGGUGCUACAGCUGAUACCAGCGAUAUCGUCGUUGACGCCCGUAACCACGGCUAUACCGUUAAUUGGCGUGUUGACAUUGACAGCGGUUAAAGAUGCCUAUGAUGACAUUCAACGCCACCUGUCGGAUUCUCAGGUGAAUAAUAGGCGAUCGAAAACGUUAAGAAAUGGUCAAUUGAUCGAUGCAAAAUGGUCAGGAGUACAGGUUGGUGAUGUGAUACGUUUGGAGAAUAAUCAGUUUGUGGCAGCCGACAUCCUAUUGCUGACCACAUCCGAACCAAAUGGCUUGUGCUUCAUCGAAACCGCAGAGUUGGAUGGUGAAACAAAUUUGAAAUGUAAGCAAUGCCUGCCAGAGAUCACAGAGCUGGGCCAGCGGCACGACCUUUUGUGGAAUUUCAAUGGUGAAAUUAUUUGCGAACGACCAAAUAAUUUACUAAACAAGUUCGAGGGAACACUCAUAUGGCGCAAUCAAAGAUAUGCGCUCGAUAACGAGAAAAUCCUACUAAGAGGCUGUGUUUUACGCAAUACACAAUGGUGCUACGGAGUUGUUGUAUUUGCGGGCAAAGACACCAAACUUAUGCAGAAUUCGGGCAAAACUCAAUUCAAAAGCACCGGCGUUGAUAGACUGUUAAAUUUUAUUAUAAUUGGGAUCGUACUUUUUCUACUUUCCAUAUGUGCGUUUUUUACGUUGGCCUGUGCCAUUUGGGAAAGCUUUAUUGGACAACAUUUUCAGGUGUACUUACCUUGGGAAAAUAUCAUCCCGAAGAAUGUUGCGCAAGGCUCCACCGUUAUCGGCCUGUUGGUGUUCUUUUCCUAUGCAAUCGUCUUAAAUACUGUUGUGCCAAUAUCUCUCUACGUUUCAGUAGAGGUUAUACGUUUCGCCCAAUCAUUUCUAAUCAAUUGGGAUGAGGAAAUGUACUAUGAACGCUCGAAAACUCAUGCCAAAGCACGUACCACCACACUCAACGAGGAGUUGGGACAAAUUCAAUAUAUAUUUUCGGAUAAAACCGGCACACUAACACAAAAUAUAAUGACCUUCAACAAAUGCAGUAUUAACGGGCGUACCUAUGGCGAUGUAUUCGAUCUGCGUACGGGUGAAGUUAUCGAAGUCACAGAUAAGCAAAAAUAUGUACAGAAUAGCAACUUUAACUUGAGCGGCAGCAAUAGCGCCAAUAAAAGCACACCGGCACCAACUAUUUUAUUGCACACCGCUGAGGUUCAUCCGAAGAGCACAGUUAUGGUAUCUAGUCCUGAAGAAGGUGGCGCUACCGACGUCUCCAUAGCUUCAACGAAUUCAAUAACAACAAAAGACGUCACAUUGCCUAUGACAGCCGCUAUGACGAUUCAAACUGCAAUGGGUAGCCCAACACCUGAAUCAUCUCCUUCCCCUUCAGUCAGUAAACGUCAGCUUCAAUAUGAAGAAUCUCCCAUUGACAGCUCAAAGACAACGGAAGCGACAGCGCAGCAUAUAACUUGGCGUCAACGCUCCGUAUCCCAGUCACCAAGCCGACGCAUGCGACGACAAGUGUCCACGCUAUCCAAUGCGAGCGAUAAAGCUCUCGAACCGGUGGACUUUUCUGCGAAUCCCGAAUUCGAACCCGAAUUCCGCUGGUAUGACAAGACGCUGCUGGAUGCAGUGCGCUCUGACGAGGAGCAUACACAAAAUUUCUUUCGCCUAUUGGCGUUGUGCCACACCGUGAUGCCCGAGUAUGUAGAGGGACGACUUGAGUAUCAGGCGCAAAGCCCUGACGAGGCUGCUCUAGUGUCAGCAGCCCGCAACUUUGGCUUCGUUUUUCGUUCACGAACGCCGAAUAGCAUAACGAUAGAGGUGAUGGGAAAUCGAGAGGAUUAUGUACUUCUGAAUAUUCUAGACUUCAAUAAUGUGCGCAAACGUAUGUCGGUGAUAUUGAGACGAGGCGAUGACAUCAUAUUGUAUUGCAAGGGUGCUGAUAAUGUGAUUUACGAUAGGUUAAGUACUAGUCAAAAUGAUAUUAAGGCGCGUACUCAGGAUCAUUUGAAUAAAUUCGCUGGCGAAGGUUUAAGGACGCUGGUACUCGCCGAACGACGGCUGGAUGAAGACUAUUACAUGGAGUGGUUGGAACGACAGCAAAUAGCAGCAGUUUCGUUAGAUGCACGCGAAGAGAAAUUGAGUGCCAUGUAUGAGGAGAUCGAGAGUGAAUUGAUCCUCGUAGGUGUGACGGCCAUCGAAGACAAGUUACAGGAUGGUGUGCCACAGACGAUAGCCAACCUACAAAUGGCUGGCUUGAAAAUUUGGGUUCUGACUGGUGAUAAACAAGAAACUGCUAUAAAUAUUGGAUAUUCAUGUCAAUUAUUGACCGAUGAAUUGGCCGAUGUAUUCAUCGUGGAUGGUAGUUCGUUGGAGGAAGUCGACAAGCAGUUGCGCCAAUUCCGUGAAUCGGUGCGAAUACUUAAUCGAUUUAGACCUACACAGCUAGAGCCAAACGUAAAUUUGAAUCUCAACUUAAAUGGCGCGAAUAGUGCCGACCGCAAUAGCACAUCUGUGAUGUAUGGAACUGGGUUUCGUACGCAGACCUCACCGCCGCCAGCGCCAGCGAUAUCGGUGGUUACCUUUAGGUGGGAUGAUGACAAAAUUAAGCAUAAUAAGGGCGAACCGGACAGUGCCGAAUGUAAUGAACUGUACGACAAUAUUGAGAAGGGGGGUGAAGGUGCUACCACUUUACAUCCAGAUGAAAUAAUCGAAGAGAAUACCGGCUUCGCUAUUGUUGUCAAUGGGCAUUCGCUAGUUUACUGCCUCUCACCUGAAUUGGAGUCAAGAUUCUUGGACGUCGCCUCACAGUGCAAAGCAGUCAUAUGUUGCCGAGUUACUCCGCUCCAAAAGGCAUUAGUUGUGGAAUUAAUUAAGCGCGCAAAAAACGCGGUUACUCUAGCAAUCGGUGAUGGUGCCAAUGAUGUCUCAAUGAUUAAAGCUGCCCACAUAGGUGUUGGCAUCUCUGGUCAGGAAGGUUUGCAAGCAGUACUGGCGAGCGAUUAUUCGAUAGCACAGUUCCGCUACUUGGAACGCCUCCUGCUCGUGCAUGGCCGCUGGUCAUACUAUCGCAUGUGUAAAUUUUUGCGAUAUUUUUUCUAUAAGAAUUUUGCAUUUACCCUGUGCCACUGUUGGUAUUCAUUUUUUUGCGGUUUCAGCGCGCAGACGGUCUUCGACCCAAUGUUCAUAUCAGUAUACAAUCUAUUCUAUACCUCACUGCCGGUGCUAGCGUUGGGUGUAUUCGAGCAGGAUGUCUCCGACAAGCACAGCGUGGAGUACCCAAAAUUAUAUACGCCCGGACUGAAGAGUCAAUUGUUCAACACGCGCGAAUUUGUUUACAGUGUACUCCAUGGGGCCUUCAGUUCGCUCAUACUCUUCUUAAUACCAUACGGUACAUACAAGGACGGUGUUUCGCCAAAUGGGCUCAUACUUAGCGACCACAUGACUCUGGGCGCGGUUGUGGCCACCAUUCUCAUAAUCGACAAUACAGCACAGAUUGCUUUGUAUACUUCGUAUUGGACAAUAUUCAAUCACAUCACCAUCUGGGGUAGUUUGGUAUGCUUUUUUGUGUUGGAUUAUUUUUACAACUAUGUCUUCGGUGGUCCCUAUGUCGGUUCACUCGCGAUGGCAAUGAAGGAUUUGACAUUCUGGACAACGAUGGUAAUAACAGUAAUUAUGAUAAUGGCACCGGUAUUAGCCUACAAAUUCUACCUAAUCGAUGUGCAUCCCAGUCUUGCUGAUAAGAUUCGUCUUAAGUGCCGCGUCAGCACACGCUCGCGCCAGAGCAACAUGGUAAUGCGCACACCAUCGGCAAGAAAGGCGCGGCGAUCAUUACGCUCCGGUUAUGCAUUUGCACAUCAGGAGGGCUUUGGUCGUCUGAUCACAUCGGGUAAGAUUAUGCGUAAAUUACCUCAAGAAUUCGCGUUUCCGUUGGGAUUGGGCAGCAAAAAGCUGCAGCCACAAACUACGGAUGGCAGCGAUGGAAAGAAUAACCAAAAUAAUAAUAACAGCACGCGGAGCAACAAAAAUUCGUCGACGGGCUAUCUGAACGAUAACGACCCUGAGAGCGCGACCGGAGGCAGAGGCAGCAACGGCGCACGGAGCGACGAAAACGUAAGCCCGCGUGCACCUUGCCAAGACUUAGAUACAAUUAAUCUUUAAGUUUAUGUGUAUGUAUGUGUAACGUAUAGAAAGUGAAACCAAAUGAUCGGCUAAGCGGAAUUACUUCAAUCGAAGAGCCACCAAACAAAUAAACCAAAAAAGCAAAAUUUUAGUUGCGAAGGAUAGUAAGCAUAAAAAAAAAUAAUCAAUUAUGAAAGCAAAUUUUAUGUAAGAUCGUUAAGACCGAAGAGAAAAAGUUUUUAAAAUAUGUAGCAAUUAAUUUCUUUAAAAAUCUGCAAUCAAAGAGAAAAAAUGUGUUUAUAGUCAAAGGAUUAUAGUGUAGCAUUUAAUGCUUAAGUGAUUGUUAAAUAACUGUUAAUAGUUUUGAUAAAUACACAAGUGACAGCCAAUACAAAAUCAAGAAAUAUGUAUGUAUGUGACGCAGAGAUGAAGAAAAACUAAAAUAUAAGUGAAAGUAUAGCUUUAAACUUUAGUGAAUAGCCUUAACGCGAACUAAGUACUAUAUUUAUACAACAGUUAUAUUAUACAUAUAUAUAUAAGUGCAUAUGUAUGUGUGUAUAAGCUAGUCUUUAGUUUCUUUUUUAGCUAAACCGGAAAAGGUUAAACACGAAUUUCGGUCUAUCCCUCAAAUAUGAAAAAAUUACGUAAAUUUCGGUUUUUUAGAAGGAAAAUUUCCCAAGUAUUUAAGUGAAUGCGUAUUUAUGCUCGUUCGAGUUAAGCUUUAAGUCGCAAAAACAUAUAAGCCGCCUGCAUCCAUAUGUAUGUGUAGAAUGUACAAAUCUCAAAAAUCAAGGGCGUUAUGAAAAAACAUGCAUACAUACAUAUGUAGAACGCUACUCCUGUCACAAAAACAUACAUUUUAGCCUUAGGAAACGUGUAUAUGUAUGUAAGUGAAGAAAAUGCGUGCGAGCUAUAUGAUCAUAUGUACUAUAUACUACGUAUAUAAGUAUGUGUAUGCACUGGCGAAUCUGCGAAGGGUGCAAAGUUGCGAAGGACGAUUCGAGGAACUAUACAAUUGUAUUUUCAUGGAACUGGUUUU